AUGGAAGUUCCACCGCCGGAUGCAAGAGAGCGCCGCGAGGUCUCCGUUGGCCGACCGCUCAACUACCUCACGGUUGCGGAAAACAUCAAGAGAAGAGAUCAUAGCUCUGUAACCACUUUUGUGCGGGUUGCCGUUGUUGGCCUUUCUGCUUUGUGCGGCUUCGCUGCCGAUUCUCUUCUCCGUCUUGGUGAUGGGAUUCGGUUCGCGCUCUAA